GGUCACCGCUUUCAUUCACUACGGAUUUCUCGAGCUGUAUGUAACUCAGUUGACAUAACUUAGUCUGUGCAAGUUGUUUACUAAACUGACUUGUUUUGCGCACAGCCUAUCUUUUUUACAAUAACAAAUAUUUUUGUACAAGGACGGAAUUCACUUAAAAAAUCGGUUUCGCUGCGCAAUAUAUUUGAUUUGAUUUUGCACGCAUCCAUUCCUCUCCACGAUGGACCUGGUUUGGAUUCUUUGCCUGGCUGCGAGUGUCUGCGCCUGGCUGGUCUCAUCGGAGCGGCACAGCGUCUACUGGAAUAGUACGAACCCCAAGUUCGUGUGGAACAACUACGCGGUGAAGGUGAAGCUCAACGACUACCUAGACAUCGUGUGUCCCCACUACCCGCUGGGCGAGGUGGCGUCGCAGGACGCCGAGCGCUACGUCCUCUACAUGGUGGAGAAGGAGGACUACGACGCCUGCAAGCCCCAGUCCUACGACCAGAUGCGCUGGGAGUGCAGCCACCCGUUUGCACCCCACGCCCCAGAGAAGUUCUCGGAGAAGUUCCAGCGGUUCACGCCCUUCACCCUUGGCAAGGAGUUCCGCCAGGGCGAGAGCUACUAUUACAUCUCCAAACCGUUGCACCACCACGGGCAGGAGUGCCUCCGGCUUAGGGUGGAUGUGAUCGCUGUCGACGGCUCUCAGGAGGCGCGGGUGGCGAAGGGAGGCGGUGGCACCGCCGGGGCAGCGGGGACAGCCGGAGCCGAGGCGGGAGGCGGUGUCCACAACCCGUCCAACAGACUGCCUCCAGCAGACGACCCCGUGGUGAUCCUGCCAGACGUCCAGAAGAGCAAGCGCACCAUCUCCGGGGACGCUUCCUCCACCCGCUCCACCCUGUUGCUGCUGGGGCCGGUGUCGUUACUGCUGCUGCUGCUGCAGCACUGAGAGGGAAUGUGGACAAACUAUAAUUCCCAGAUAGACUUUUUCGGGGACUACGAUGAAGACAGUCCGUGGGAAUGAAACCGCAGACUCAAAAGAAGAAAGACCUUGGAGCACUGAGGUUCCCCAGUGCUGGCCACAGGGAGGGAUAAAAAGAGAGAGGGUGGGACAGAGAGAGAGAGAGAGGGAGAGAGAGAGAGAGAGAAAGAAAGAAAGAAAGAAAGAAAGAAAGAAAGAAAGAAAGAAAGAAGAAAGAAAGAAAGAAAGAGAGAGAGAGAGAGAGAGAGAGAGAGAGAGAGAUGUUUAACACUUGGUAUGGAUUGACUCACGGGCACUUAAGUGUAAGGGGAAAACUCUAUGUAAAGGAAUCAGAGUGGGAGGAAGCAUUUGGGCCUAAUUUCAUCUUUCAAAAGAUGACCGUGUUUUUUAUCCACCUUGAAAACCUUUUCGUGCCCUCUUCCUAGAAAACCAAAACAGACAGCGUUAGUACGCCGCUCGGACAAACGACGUACACUCACUGGAAGAGGAAGCUUAACUGGAUGAAGUACAAUCAUGGAUGGUGGGACGGAGAAAAAAGUAUUCGUACGAUGUAGAUAAAAGCGAAUGAAAACUGUCGGGCCAAAGAUCAGCCAUCGCUUCAUUGUGUGCUCUAUUCCACCCUUGAGUAUUGUGUACUUUUGUAUCGUGAACGUAACGGUUUUGCGUGGCAUUGUUGUCGCACCUGGCUAUUUCCAUUUUUAUAUGUAGCAUCGACAAAAGCAGGGGCUGUUUCGUUCUUCCUUUUUAUUUGUUUCUUUUUCAAUUACUGCCACUCCAGAGCACACUCGACCACGUGCUUAUACACUGUAGCACCACACUGCACAGUACGGACAACCCAACGCACCCACAAUGCACGGCGACAUAGUACACUUGAGGGGAGAGAGUCAUGGAACUUAUCGAUGUUAAGUGUACAUUCUGUGAAAUUUAUUUAUGCCAUUUUGCAGCUGAAAGGCUUUACUGUGCGCGCAGUAUGCUGGAACAAAGAAAAUGUUUACUGUGGGGAAAUGAGGACAACUUAUUCUUCCCUUUUUUGGUGUGGUUAGUCGCUUGCGUGAAAGGGAGACUGUAUUUUUGGUGAAAGUGUGAGAAUGGAGACGAGGGAGAUAUUGCCAGGGCUUUACAGACCUAGAAAAACAAGCUGUUAAUCUGCCAAAAGCUAACACUGAUGCUACGUGAAGGAGAUGCUGGCCUUCUCCCUUUUGUUGCAUCCCCCCCAUCACAGAGAAAAUGACCAACAGUUAUUCACAGAAAGCAAACGAUACAAAACGAGAAUAGCAAUGUCACCACGGUGAUGUUUUUUUGUUAACAAAUGAAGUCCAUCAGCGAACGAACAACACGCCAGUCCAAAGAUAACGUUGCUGCCCAAAAUUUGGUUGGAAUUUUUUAACAUUUGGAUGGUGCAAGUUUGGGUCACAAAGAGGUUAAACUCUGCCCCCUAUAAUCAGUGUAUUACAAAAGAGACACGGGAUCAAACCUAGAGUGGCCAAGAGCAUUUCCGCUAGACGUGCUGGCCGUGCAACGAGGCACACCACACCAACAGUGUAAGACGACCAUUGAAGUCAUGUUUUUUUUUUUUUUUACCAUAUUUUGUACAUUGUGUAAAGUAAGAAAAAGUGUAUGAUAUGUAUAUAGAGAAGAUUCUAUUAAAAAAGAACCUGUUUGAUAUGCUCAAUGUGAAAGUUUCAUGUGAAAUUAAAUAUUUUUUGGAAAACCCAAAA